CAUACUUCCGGCUGUAAAACGUGUCAAAUGUGACAAGUUUAAACUCCCCCAAAUUACAACUUGAUUUACUUGAAGUUAAGAAGAACAGUCGGAUUCUUGUUUGGAUUGAUUUUUAAUUAUAAAAACUUUCAGUAUGGCCACACUUGGUGGUACCAUGUCCAGCAAACUAGACCAUCCCCUUCCCUUAUAGCUCCAGGAAAGGGCGCUGUUUUCCACUUCCGUGUACCGGACGCCGCAACCCGGCCCCGAGGAAAGUGUUUAUCUCGUGUCGUAUCCUUUUUGAACUGCUACAGCGGAACUCGUGACGUCUGUCGCUACCUCACUCAAAGUGAGCUCACUCGAAAACACGAUGAGUUUACAAGAGAUCUUUGAGAACAUGAAGCUGGCCCGUGAAUAUGCUUUGCUGGGAAACUACAACUCAGCUAGUGUUCUCUACCAAGGCUUGCUGGAACAGAUCAAGAAACACGUGUACAUUACACGCGACCCUAGUCUACAACAGAGAUGGCAGAAGUUGUGGCAACAAGUUAGUGAUGAGAAUAGACAAGUUCAAGACCUCCUGUCGACAUUGGAGAGCGUUCAACUGGACGCCAUGCCUGUUAAACCAAUGGAACCUGAGGAUUUCGACAUAAGACCCGUUGAACCAAGACAUUCGCCAUGUCCCGUCAGGCGGCCUACAAACCCUUACAAAGACAGUAAGCCAACCAACAACCGCCUCAGCGUGGCCGUGAAGGCCCAACAGAGGCCGACAUCUCGCGGGGCCAACGGAGACAAACACAAAGCGCCCAGGGCCAAAACAAAAGAAGCCAAGGAAGGUGGUGCUGGCAAAGCAAAGGAAAAUAAGAGCAAAGGAGACGGCCAGGAAAAAGAAUUGAAAAGGUUUGAUGGUACAGGAUAUGACAAAGACCUCGUGGAAGCCCUGGAGAGAGAUAUCAUAUCUCAGAAUCCAAACAUUAAAUGGGACGACAUUGCAGACCUGGGUGACGCAAAAAAGCUCCUAAAAGAAGCGGUUGUGUUGCCAAUGUGGAUGCCAGCUUUUUUCAAAGGCAUACGGAGACCGUGGAAGGGAGUGCUCAUGGUGGGACCUCCCGGCACGGGGAAAACACUCUUAGCGAAAGCGGUUGCUACGGAAUGCAGGACUACUUUCUUCAACGUCUCCUCAUCCACGCUGACUUCAAAAUACAGAGGAGAGUCUGAGAAGUUAGUGCGCCUGCUCUUCGAGAUGGCCCGCUUUUACGCACCCACGACGAUCUUCAUCGAUGAAAUCGACUCCAUGUGCAGUCGAAGAGGCACCUCUGAGGAACACGAGGCCAGUCGGAGAGUGAAGGCUGAACUGCUGGUACAGAUGGAUGGCGUUGGCGGGGCGUCGGAAAGCGAUGACCCAUCAAAGAUGGUGAUGGUCCUGGCUGCCACAAACUUUCCGUGGGACAUUGAUGAGGCUCUGAGGCGACGUUUGGAGAAGAGGAUCUACAUUCCUCUACCCUCAGAAAAAGGACGGGUGGAGCUGCUCCGGAUUAACCUGAAGGAGUUGGAGGUGGCCAGUGAUGUGGAUUUGGACAAGAUCGCUGAGCAGAUGGAAGGUUACUCGGGAGCUGACAUCACAAAUGUGUGCAGGGAUGCCUCCCUGAUGGCCAUGAGGCGAAGAAUCGAAGGGCUCACACCAGAGGAGAUCCGCAACAUCCCCCGCGAUGAGAUGCACAUGCCCACCACCAUGGAAGACUUUGAAUCCUCCCUGAAGAAAGUUUCCAAAUCUGUGUCGGCAGCAGACCUCGAGAAGUACGAGAAGUGGAUUGAGGAGUUUGGGUCCUGUUGAAAGGCUUCACAUUUUGUUCAAAAAAAUUUAGAGGGGAUUUUUCCAGCAAGGAAGGAGUUUAAGUGGUCGGUGUACUUUCAGACCAAUGUAAGUUUCACUGCGUUAUUUGUCACAACUCACAAGUAUAUCUUUUAGGAAUUGAAUCCAACAUUGUUUUAUUUUAUUUUCAUACAGGGUGUUUGGCGAGUACAUGAAAAAAAAAAAAAAAGACAAAGCUGUUUUAUAAUCAAACUGCAAAUCUAUCAUAACAUGAUGCAUUAUUUGCGGCCAAUGAAAGAUUUAUAGAUGGUAAUAAAGCCUUUAAUCCACAAGGUUAUAGACAAACAUAUGCAGCCAAGCUGUAAUUGAUGAUUUAAAUGUUAACAAAUGUAAAUGUCAACUACUAUUCAAAAAAACAAUGCGACCCAACAGAGCAUAUAUCUGUUAUACAGUGCACCAGGGACACUGUAAAGAAAACUAGCAAAAUAAUUUAGAAUCAGUCAUAUCCAAUUCAAGUUGAGCCGUUACCAUUGAAGUUCCAAAGUUGCAGAUAGAACAGCAAAAUGCAUUCACUAGAUUGACUACACAAGCAUCUCUGUAAUGUGGUACAUCAUGCACUGAGUAGCGUAAAUGGACACACAGAUUCAAGCAAAAUUUGUUAUUAGUAUUUGUACGUCCAAAGCAUUAUAAAAGAUUUCCCGUGUGUCUUCACAUCCUGCUUGACUAAUGACAGACGCAUCCAUGCUGAUUUGAGUCAGAAGUUAAAAAAAAAGAAAGUUUCAGUGUUUCACCAUUGUAUUGUGCCCAUGCUCUUGAAUUAAUACUCGCACAUUCCCCCAACUCCUCUAGCACUACAAUAGACCGUGUGGCAUUGUGAAAAGGACAUUACAAUCACAUGUAGGGAUAAACAAAAAAAAAAGAAAAACGCAUUUUCUGACAUUCAUGCAGGAAGUGUGCCAAAUUAAAUAGUUACCUCAAUAA